UGCUUUGCCAGAAACCAGAAGGCUACAAAGUAGUUGGCGAUGUGACAUGUACGUCAAAAAACCUUUGUGAGAUUUAAAAGUAGCGUAUGUGCGCUGGCCGCUGCUCGUCCAUGGUGUUGCUGUAAAGUGUGCUGCCGUCUCUCAAAAGGAGCACUAUGGCAAUGUGGAUCCAGGCCCAGCAGCUGCAGGGUGAGGCACUGCACCAGAUGCAGGCGCUGUACGGCCAGCACUUCCCCAUCGAGGUUCGACACUACCUGGCCCAGUGGAUUGAGAGCCAGCUCUGGGAUUCAGUGGAGUUGGACAACCCAGCAGAGGAAGCCAAAGCCAAGCGUCUGCUGGAAAAUCUAGUGGCUGAGCUGCAGAGGAAAGCUCAGCUCCAGGGAGGAGAGGAUGGCUUUCUGCUUAAGAUCAAGCUGGGCCACUACGCCAGUCAGCUCAAGAGCACUUAUGACCGCUGUCCUUUGGAGCUGGUACGCUGCAUUAAACACAUCCUGCACUCAGAGCAGAGGCUGGUUCAAGAAGCUACAAAUGCCAGCUGUGGGAGUGGGGGACAGGCCAUGGACAGCCUGUCGCAGCGCCACCAGCAGAUCAACCAGGCCUUUGAGGAACUCCGCCUGGCCACACAGGAGACCGAGAAUGAACUGAGAAAGCUGCAGCACAGCCAGGAGUACUUCAUUAUCCAGUACCAGGAGAACCUGCGCAUCCAGGCCCAGCUGAGCAGCCUGUCCUCACUGCCCCCAGCUGAGCGCACCCAGCGGGAGACCACCCUACAGAGCAAGAGGGCCACGGUGGAGGCCUGGCUCACCAGAGAAGCCAGCACACUACAGAAAUACAGGCUUGACCUGUCAGAACAACACCAGAAGACCCUGGCCCUGCUGAGGAAGCAGCAGACUCUGAUCCUUGAUGAGGAACUCAUCCAGUGGAAGAGGAGGCAGCAGCUGGCUGGAAAUGGAGGUCCUCAUGAGGGGGGACUGGAUGUCCUACAGUCCUGGUGUGAGAAGCUGGCUGACCUGAUCUGGCAGAACCGGCAGCAGAUUAGACGCUGUGAACAUCUUACCCAGCAGCUUCCUCUGCCUGGCCCCAUGGAAGAACUACUGAGCAAACUCAAUGCUGACAUCACCGAUAUCAUCUCUGCGCUGGUUACCAGCACCUUUAUCAUUGAAAAGCAGCCGCCCCAGGUGUUAAAGACCCAGACCAAGUUUGCAGCCACAGUGCGCCUUCUGGUGGGGGGGAAGCUCAACGUCCACAUGAAUCCACCUCAGGUCAAGGCUGUCAUUGUUAGCGAGCAGCAAGCCAAAGCUCUGCUGAAGAAUGAGAGCACGCACAGUGAAAGCAGUGGAGAAAUCCUUAACAACAACUGUGUAAUGGAGUAUCACCAAGCCACUGGCACCCUAAGUGCACACUUCAGAAACAUGUCACUGAAGAGGAUCAAGCGUUCAGACCGUCGAGGUGCAGAGUCAGUGACGGAGGAGAAGUUCACAGUUCUGUUUGAAUCACAGUUCAGUGUCGGGGGCAACGAGCUGGUCUUCCAUGUCAAAACUUUAUCACUGCCUGUAGUAGUGAUUGUCCAUGGCAGCCAGGACAACAACGCCACAGCCACAGUCUUGUGGGACAAUGCCUUUGCUGAGCCGGGCAGGGUGCCGUUCAUCGUGCCAGACAAGGUGUUGUGGCCCCAGCUAUGUGAGGCCCUCGAUAUGAAGUACAAGGCAGAAAUGCACAGUGGGCGUGGCCUGUCGGAGGAUAACCUGGUCUUCCUGGCACAGAAAGCUUUUACAAGCGGCAGUAACAACCCUGAGGAUUACCGUAACAUGACCAUAUCCUGGGCCCAGUUCAAUCGGGAGAGCUUACCUGGACGCAACUUCACCUUCUGGCAGUGGUUUGAUGGAGUUGUGGAGCUCAUGAAGAAACAUCUCAAGCCGCACUGGAAUGAUGGGGCCAUCUUGGGCUUUGUAAACAAGCAGCAGGCACAGGACAUGCUGAUGUCCAAACCCAAUGGCACCUUCUUGCUGCGAUUCAGCGACUCUGAGAUUGGAGGCAUCACCAUUGCCUGGGUGGCUGAGAACCCCAACAAACCAGGUGAGAGGCUGGUCUGGAAUCUGUUGCCUUAUACAACUAAGGACUUUUCUAUUCGUUCCCUGGCUGACCGCAUCAGUGACCUGAACCACCUUCUGUUUCUCUACCCUGACCGGCCCAAAGACGAGGUCUUUGCCAAGUACUACACCCCUCCACUCUCAAAAGCAGUGGAUGGAUAUGUCAAACCACAGAUCAAACAAGUAGUGCCAGAAUUCACCACCCCAAACCCUGAACCCAGUGGAGGAACACCUACAUUCAUGGACCAAACCCCUUCUCCGUCUGUGAGCCACCCCAACAACUUUGGUGUCUACCCUUCUAUGAGUGACACCAUGUUGGAUGCAGAUGGAGACUUUGACCUGGAAGACACAAUGGACGUGGCUCGUCAUGUGGAGGAGCUGCUCCGCAGGCCUAUGGCCAACCAGUGGAGCAGUCAGCAGUCCUGAACCUGAAACCGAACCUGCUGCACACCUUCAGGUGUCCGUCUUACCUAACAGAAACACCCACAAAUGUAGCCACGGCAAAACAUUUCCUGUGUUCCAUCAGUCCCUCUGGCAGAUCCACAUCACAGUGAAUAUUCUGUUUUAGUUCCCACAGAGGUUUUAAAAGACAACAGAUCUGGUAAUGAACAACCAUCCACUAACUCAAGUGUCUUUGUAGAGAAAAUAAUCGUACCAUUCAGAAUCAAUAUUAUUAAUAUUUGACAGAGGCUGGUGUUAAUGCCCUCUCUCGCUUACCAUAGUUUCUCAGGGUUUGUGUGUAGCAGGUUUGGGUCAAUGGGAUUUAUACAAAAAGAUAUACAGUCAUUUUUUAAUUUUUUAUGUUAGCUUUGCAGUCAUAUAUGCCUGAUGAGCUUUUAGCUGGCAAUGAGAGACUUUUGCAUAAAAAAGUCAUAGUAGACAAACUGUUUUUAGAGAUUUGUGUUUUUAAGCCUGGAAGCAUAGAAAGGAAUUGCUGAAGGUCACCAGUUGUUCACCCAAAGUAGUAGAAAGUACUGAUUAACUGUAUUUGUGUUAGAGGGGUACUCCAGUGGUUUUAGUAUUUCACUUUUAUAAAGCUGGGGGAAAUCAGGACAGAUAGAUUAAAAAAAAAAAAAA